ACAUCGAACUAAAUACACAGUUUAAAACACAAGCGACGAAUAAUUUCGAGAAAAAUUUGUAUAAAUUGAUGAACAAUGUUGUAUUUGGAAAAACAAUGGAAAAUGUACGCAAUCAUGUAGAUGUGAAACUGUUGACAAAAUGGGAUGGACCGUACGGUGCUGAGGCAAUGAUCGCGAAACCAAAUUUUCAUAGCCGAAGCAUUUUCACCGAAAACUUAAUUGCCGUCGAAUUACGAAAACUCGAAGUGAAAUUCAACAAGCCGAUCUAUGUGGGUAUGUGCAUCCUCGACAUAUCAAAGGUUUGCUUGUAUGAAUUUCACCACGAGUACAUGUCUCCUUCAUAUCGCGAAAAAUGUAAAAUUAUGUACACCGACACUGACAGUCUAAUUUACCACAUAGAAUGCGAAGACAUUUAUGAGCACAUGAAACGCGACAUUCAUAAAUUCGAUAUGAGUGAUUAUCUUGCUGACAACGCGUACGAUAUACCGCUUGUAAAUAAGAAGUUUCCGGGCCUGAUGAAAGAUGAAAAUAACGGAGCUAUAGUGACAGAAUUCGUCGGACUUAGAGCGAAGAUGUACGCGCUGAGAGUAGACGGGAAAAAGGAUACGAAAAAGGCCAAAUGCGUCAAAAGUAGCGUCAUAGCGCGAACGAUAACCUUUGACGACUAUACACAAUGUUUGAGAGAUGAAGUCGAAAAAAGUCGUCAACAAUCGUAUAUAAGAUCGAAAUUACACAAAGUCUACACAGUGUCUGAAACAAAAAUCGCUCUAAGUCCAUACGAUGACAAGCGGUAUAUCAUACCUGACUCGAUCGACACGUUUCCAUGGGGACAUUAUAAUAUACCGCUAUAGUUAUUCACGCAUUU